GGUAGCAGCGCCGCGUGAACCUGUGCCCACCCCCCGGCACGCCCGAGCCAAUCGGAAGGAGUGAUGUGUGUGCGAGGGCUAGUGGGGAGGGGUACUCCGCUCAGGACGGGGAGGCCCUGCUCGCAGGUCUUGGGGUCCAGGUGGCGGCCGCAGCGCCCAGCCCGCAGGCGGCCGGCGGGCGCCCCCCCUUCCCGGCUCAGUCCCGCGCGCCCCGGCCCCGCCCUCGCCGCCCUAGUCGGCUCCCGCGCGGCGGCGGCGGUUCCUCUCCCCUUCCCCCCCGCCCUGGCUCCCGGGGACCCCGCGAUGCCGGUCCGCACCGAGUGUCCCCAGCCAGCCGGUGCGGCGGCCGCUUCGGCGGCCUCGCUCAUCCCGCCGCCGCCCAUCAACACCCAGCAGCCCGGCGUGGCCACCAGCCUGCUCUACAGCGGCUCCAAGUUCCGCGGCCACCAGAAGAGCAAGGGGAACUCAUACGACGUGGAGGUGGUGUUGCAGCAUGUGGACACAGGGAACUCUUACCUUUGCGGGUACCUGAAGAUUAAAGGCCUUACUGAGGAAUAUCCAACCCUCACAACCUUCUUCGAAGGAGAAAUAAUCAGCAAAAAGCACCCUUUCUUAACCCGAAAGUGGGAUGCGGAUGAAGACGUUGACCGGAAGCACUGGGGCAAAUUCCUAGCCUUUUAUCAAUAUGCAAAAUCAUUUAAUUCAGAUGACUUUGAUUAUGAGGAGCUGAAGAACGGGGAUUAUGUCUUCAUGAGGUGGAAGGAACAGUUCCUGGUGCCAGACCACACAAUCAAAGACAUAAGUGGUGCUUCCUUCGCUGGGUUCUACUACAUCUGCUUCCAGAAGUCAGCAGCAUCCAUCGAGGGCUAUUAUUACCAUAGGAGUUCAGAAUGGUAUCAGUCGCUCAACUUAACGCAUGUUCCUGAACACAGCGCGCCCAUCUAUGAGUUCCGGUGACAGCGGUUCAGGACAGCAACUAAAUAAAACUGAACUUGGCAGAAAAACAAAAGAACUUUGCCCAGAAAGUUGUGUCCCGCCAGAAGCAGGAGAGCGUGUGUUCCUGUUUCUUCAUAAGCAGACCCGCAUCUGAAAGCAUGAAUGUUGACCCACGGACUCCAAGGAGCAUGGCUGAGCAAGCAGUGGGGCAGAUGGUGGGCAUGGCUCCAGCCUCCCUCCAUCCCAGCCUCCCUAUGGCAGAGGGUCUCCAUCUGCUCUAAGCUACCUUAAUUGCACUUUCCCUCCUGCACAACUCACCUCUGCUACACCCUCACACCCAGUCCUUCCUUCAGCCCCUUCCUCCUCAGCCUUGGUGCUCCCACAUCAUCCCUCAACCUCCAGCUGCUUAGUCUGGUAGCUUGAGAGAUGGCUGAGACCCGGGCUCUGUGCACAGCAACAGCCAGAGGCAGACCCUCGCAGCUCAGCCCUGUAGCACUGAUGCCAGGCUGGCCCGCCCUGCAGGUGCCCUGGGCCAGCCAACAGGGAUCUCUACCUUUGAGGUUUCCAAGAUCCUUGGCAGGAGGAGAUGCCAAUCCUGCCCAUUCAGCAUGUUCUGCUCCAAACUUUUGAACUUGAGGGCAAUACUAAACUUUAAAAGAAAAAAAAAGAUUUUUUUAUUACAAAAAUUAUUUUUAUGGUCCCUCGAGGGAGGACCCUAGGGCAAAUGCACAAAUUAUUCAGAAUUACCUUUUAGUGUUUUCACAUUGAAAACAGCUAAUGUUGACUUAGUAAUUUUUUACCUAUAUCUCUAUGGAAAUGUAUAUUUAACCAGCCAGCGGAAGUUCAUGGUGAGUUAUCCUGGUACAAGUUUUUGCAGUGUUGCGCAAAUGGCCGUGCCAGACAGAACUGUCUGGGGGAGUUGAGUUAGUGUUGGUGCCCUCUCUUCCUGCUAUUUCAAAUAGCAGUGCUACUGUAGCUGUCUCAGCAGGUGGAAGGCACCACCCUUUUCUGAAACAGCAGGUCUGAAAUCUGGGACGGGGAGGGUUAGGACAAGAACAUGCUUAAAUAACUCGGGGCUCAUGUGCCAAAGUGUGUGUGUAUUUUGUUUCGUUUUGUUUUGUUGUUCUGUUUUUGUAUGUCAGAGAAGCUUGGUAGGUUGGCACCAGCUGUAACCCACAGAGUUGGCCACAGCUCUGAGAGAGAGACUGGCAUUUGCUGGGGGUUUAUAAAUUUUAGCUCAGAAUCCAAGAGAGGAAAGCUUUAAACACAAAAGAUCAUUCUAACCCAUAGGACUGAAAGCAGGCAGGAAGUUGGCUUGUCCAAGGGCAGUAUGAAAACACACACACACAUACACUUUAGGUACAUGAUGGAGAGGUUUUCCAUUCUGUAAAAAGUGACUUUACUAUGUAUGUAUUGUACAUUACUGAGAGUGAAUGUUCGGGGAAGCCUUAAAAGAGAAGGAUUUAGGAGAGCUGUCAGGACCUUUGGGGUGUGUGGUUGUUCCUAAGGCUUUAUCAGAGGAGUAGCGAAGCUUUCUAGAAGGGCCAGGGCCUUUGAAUUCUGGGGAGCAGUCCUGGUGACAUCAGAUGAAUCAAACAGGCUUUUUGAUUUUGAAACCUCAAAGACAAGCUGGCUGGCACUGGUGACACACAGCUGGUGGCCCUUUAGCCAGGAGACUGUGCCUGCUGUGGUAUCAAGUCAGCUGAUGGGGUUGCCUUCCAAAAACUCCCAUGAUGUAAAUGGCAAAUGGAGGAGAGUCACACCCUAGAGCUGGGUGGUUUUCAUCUGUGCAGCUCUUAGAGGUGUGAGUCUGGGGAAGUAGGGGCAGGUUGUCGUAGUGUUUCUUCUUUUAGUGAGGUAAAGGCAUGCUCCUCCCCUUGUACCAGGAGGAAAUGGAUUAAUAGCUUCAUUUCACCUUUUGGACACAUCUGUGCUAAAAUCUCACCUGUGUGAUGAUCUGACCACCAAGGAUCAGAAAGGGAUGGAUCCCUUCCCACCUCCUCAUAGUGACUCCUGAAUGGUUGGCAUUGACUCCUCUCCUUCCUCUUCGGUUCUGGAAGAAGUGCCGGGGGUCCUCCUUCCUGAACCUUCUUAUUGGUUUACACACCUCUGGUACUAUGUGCAAUAUUUUUGGUUGACACUGGUAUUCAUCAUUGAGAAAUUAGCACAGAUUUUUCUACCGUCUUCCAUCACCCAAAAAUAAAAACCUGCCAUGACAGGUAGAGUCCCAGGGAUAGGGCUGUUUUCUUACUCCACUGCUCAGAAAGCUUCCAUUCUGUAGCGCCAGCCUCUCCUCUCCCUCUCUCCCUCCCUCCCUCCCUUUUCUCUGUUGAAGUUGUCCCUUCCUAUUCACCCAGCAUCAGACUUUCAAGCAGCCCAGCUGAAGUCCAAAAUUUACUAAGCAAUGCCCGACAUUGAAUAGAGUAUUGAAGUCAUAAACUCUAGGGGAACAGUGAGGCUUUCCAAUAUCUAUUUGCUUUUCAGAAACAGGGAAUUUCUAUUUCUAUGGCCUUGAAUUGAUUUAUUUUCCUCAUAAAAUAGUUUGAUAAGCUAAUUUUUUUAUCUUUUAAAAGAAAUGCCAUUAAGUCUGUUGCAUUGUGGUUUAAAAAUUACUAACGAGUUCUGGAACAAAGAUAUUUAAUUUUGAGACUUCAUGUUUUUAAAAAAUUAUAUUUGAGUGGAUGCUGAGUGUGACUUUUUUUUUCUUUUUUGUUUAAGAGGGAGGACAUGUGGGAAGGGUUGGAGGGCUUGGGAUGGGAGAAGUAUUUUACAGAGCUAUCAAUGUCCAAAUAAUUUUUUUAAAAUAAUAAAGGUAUUUAAGCAGUGA